CCCUCCAUCCGACACGCAUCCACCACGCUACGCUAUGCUUUGACUCGAAUGAGCGUACGUAUACAGAAGACUUCGAUUCAGCGUGCUACCCUGUACAGUUUAAUUUUGUGAGAGCAGAGCGAUUGUCAAGCUAUUUGUCGCUGCCUUGAAGUUGCGGUCGAGUCAUGGAGGCAGUCCUCGACCAAAAGGUUCUAUACUGGGAAUCUCACCAUUGAGUGAGCACGUACUGGGGCAAGCAAGAUUGCCUGCUUCUAUCUCGCGAACAUCAAUUCGUGAUGAAUUCAACGCAUCUACACGGCUUUCAUCAACAUGCUUCAAUGGCACUCUUCAUGCUUACGGGACUUCUCUCGGCGCCUCAACUGUGUCUCGCUUGCUUGUCUCACCAACGACAAGUAGAUCAUACAACAACAGAAAAGUCUCAGAUCCGCCAGGGGUGCCGGCCGGAGAGCGGCGCUCGCUGGCCAGGGCACAACUUUUGGCAGUGGUCGGGGCAGGGCUACGCUGCUCCUGUGGCAGGGAGCUGGAGACGGGAGUUGCUUGUCGCCCUGGGCGUCCUCGCGUACAGCAAUCUGAGAAAUGAGCUCGAGCAGCUCGAAGAGGUAUUCACUUCAUGUCAAGGCACGGCUAAGCGACGCUUCCAAGCAUCGUCCUCGUUGAAGAAUGCGCUACUCUGUGUCCGUGUACAGCGCAGCUCGGAUCGUGGGGACGGAGCCUCACCGGGAAUCCAAGAUUCGAUCGACUCUUUACGCAUAUGCACGUUUCAAACCUUGUCACGAACUGGGAGCAAACAAGCAUAGCGCAUGCGGAGCCUUCCGGCAUUCGAUGCUCAGCUGGCUCAGGCACCGCAAGCCGCACCCGCCUAGGCCCAGACAUGUCUUAUUGCUACAUUCUCCAAGCUGGCGGUCAACUUUACAGACGCAUUCCGCCCACGCCUGCUAUUGACGAUUCCCUUGCCGGCCACUGCUCAGGCACGGCUGUCUUGUCCCUGCGAUGCAGACAG